CUACGAGAUGGCAUCAACCGCAUCAGAAACUGUUGCGAUUUACAAAAAAUUUAAAGAAUUACCCAUAUUCGUAACAGAAAACCAUAAUGAGGUAUUGCCUUUCAUUUAUCGCUGCAUUGGAUCCAAGCACCUUCCGUUUACUGGGAACACAAUUAUACACCUCGACUCUCAUCCGGACAUGCUGAUUCCAAAAUCCAUGCCUGCAGACACUGUCUGGGACAAAUACAAACUAUUCAGCGAGCUGAGCAUCGAGAACUGGAUGUUGCCUGCCGCAUACGCGGGCCACCUGUCCAACCUGGUGUGGGUGAAGCCGCCGUGGGCAAAGCAGAUGCAGGACGGAGCCUCGCAGUUCGUCAUCGGGCGCGACACCGCCACCGGAGAAAUCAGGUCGGUUUGCAAAGCCGCUGGCCACUGUCGCGCCCCGCACUGCUGUUGA